UUUAAACAUUCUCCUCAAGGGACGGAAAAGGCAAUCUUCUAUCGGGAAGGCAGAGAAAGUGUGGGCAAUUCGCUCUUCGACUGCAAAAAUAACAGUGCUGUUCUUCUCUGGCAUUCCAUUACAAAACUUGCUGUUCUUCUCUAGUAUUGCAUUACAAAACUCAUACUUGGUUGGCCGCAUCAAUUUUUAUGAUGACACUAUUGCAGAAACCAUGUUUUAUACAACAUAUGCCAUUGCACACAAGUAUUUCUUCUACAAAGAUGAAAGGGGCAGUGCGUAAGACUUGGACAAAUCUAUUAACAGUUGCACAAUUUGGCUUGAAGGAUCCUCCAUAUAAACUAGAUGCAUUAGAACCAUAUAUUUCUCAUAGAUCUUUGGAAGUACAUUGGGGAAAACACCAUCGUGGCUAUUUGGAUAACUUGAACAAGCAGAUUGAGGGUACUACAUUACAAGGGUAUACACUUGAGGAACUUAUCAAAGUAACAUAUAACAAUGGGAAUCCAAUGCCUGCUUUUAGCAAUGCUGCCCAGCUGAUCUUGAGCAGAGACCUGGUGACUUUGUUGAUUUGGAUCCACAACUCAUUGUUGAAGAUGAUAUGGAAAAGGCACAAAAGAUUUGGGACAGACAUGGAGACACAAUUGAAAGAUUGGAAGCAGGUAUGGAAUCACGACUUUUUCUGGGAAUGCAUGGAACCAGGGGGUGGAAAAGAAUGCACAGGAGAGAUUCUAGAGUUUAUUGAAAGAGAUUUCAAAUCAUAUGAUAUGUUUUUGGAGGAGUUCAAGCAAGCUGCGGCUACACAGUUUGGAUCUGGUUGGGUUUGGCUUGUGGUGAAAGACAGAAAACUUGCUGUGGAAAAGAGUACAAAUGCUGUAAACCCUCUUGUAUGGGGUCACAUGCCACUGCUCACCCUUGAUGUCUGGGAGAUUUAUCGAUUUGAGGUGCUUACCAAGAAUAAAAUUGCACUCAAAGGUGUCUUUCUUAACUGUUACACAUUUAUGGUGACAGAAUCGACGGGCAGACUACAUAUCAGUAUUCAUGGAUAAACUAGUAUCCUGGGAAGCAGUAAAUUGUCGCCUCGGUCGUGUAAAAGCUUUUGUAAAUCUUAGAGAGCCAGCUGUUCCUUACACAUGAUAGCCUUGGCUAGGACAGUUUUGGGUGUACUUUGUACUUGGAGUUAGACAUGCCCACUAUGCCCUUUUUGUAAUACUUACUGUUUGCCUAUCCACCAUCUUCCCUGGAUGGCCUAAGUUGUUCCAUUUUUAAGUCUCAUUGACUUAUAAAUUUCUUCCAUAGAUGGCUAUUAGCACCAUUCAUAUUUCAUAAUGGUUGGCUUUCCAACUAUUUAUUUAAUAAAUAUAAUUAAUUCUUCCCUUUUAA